AUGCAUAGGAAAUGGACAGCUGCCGUUUUAUUCAUUAAAUAUAUUAAUAUGAGCCACGAAGGUUAUCGAGGAGAAAGUGGGACGCAUCAGUCAUUAAGAGACAAUUCAGACGACCUGGACGAAAAAAAUAAAUAUGAGCGGCCUCGCAUCUUCGUAGACAGCAAUAGCAAUAGUAUCCAUGUCCAAGAGGUCCAAGUUGAUUUUGACGAACAAGAUAAUAACUUCGAAAAGCCAAGAAAAGCAGAAAUAAACCCUAAUUUCGAACUUAAUCGAGUUCCUUUGUACUGCUGGUGGUACCUUAUAUUAUUUUUAUUAUUUGCUGCUUUAUGCAUCAUAUUGGGAUGUAUGGGAACUCCAAGGUGGGUUUCUCAAGGGAAAGAUGACACUAAAUGGAUGGGAGGAAUGCUUAGAUGUGGAGGAUGUAUAGUCUAGAGCUACUUUCGAUCGUCCUGGCUAUUUUAUUACUUUCAACUAUGAAUAUGGAUUAAAAAGCAUUGCACUCUAAGCUAAAAGCAGUUAUGGGCUAUAGUGGUUCUUGGGAGGAUGAGCUAUAUAUGGACAUUGCGACUGAGAGCUGCGACGAUAAUGAUUACUCCGGCUUCUGCUCUACAUUUAAAGAUCUUAGAGAUGGUGGCACUGCAUAUGCGAUACUUGAAGCUGUUUGCUUAGCUGUAAUGGUCAUAUGGAUUUACAAAGUCAUAAUGCUGAUAAGAGGCUUGCGUUUUCUAUCUGAUAUAGUCUCAAUACUGAUAGCAGCCUUCGCAGUAGUUUUACAUGCCGCAGCAAUUGGAAUAUGAUAUGGCCUAACUGGUGCGAAAUAUGGCAGCUGUGACGACGUAUCAAGUAUUUCUGAUAGUUAUGACGUUUGCGCAAACCACGGACCGAUCCUCAGCAUUGUUGUUGGUUGUCUUCUAUUUAUAGUAUUCUUGAUAUUUAUCUCCAUUUUAAAGAAGAGAUUUAAAGCCAGAGAAGUCAAAAAAGAAGUCGAACUUAGCUAA